AUGCCGGUCUUACGCCCUCUUUCGGGCAACCCAGAUGCCCCUCAACAGUACAAACAACCGUCAAGGAAGGGCAAGAAAGCGUGGCGCAAGAACGUCGACAUUUCCGAGAUCCAGCACGGUCUCGAGGAGCUCAACGACCAGAUAAUAAAGGGUGGUGUUAUUGCUGAAAAAGAGUCGGCCGAUCUUUUCACUGUCGAUGUCACGGGCGACUCCGCGAUUCCAAAACGGUUUUCAAAGCACAUCAGCAAGGGGUUGAAGGCAGAUGAGAUCAUUGCACAACGCUCGGCGGUCCCGGCUGUGCCGAUGCGCAAGCGGGCAGGGGACAAGACAACAGAUGGACUGCUUCCGGUGAAACGGCAGCGGAAUACCUAUGUCACGCAUAAGGAACUCGCGAGGAUAAAAAAGGUCGCCGAUGGACACCAUGACUCAACAGUCGCAGUGGUGGAUGCUGAGUAUGACAUGUGGGCCGAGCCCAAGGAGGAGCCCAAGACGGACGACCAGCAGUUCCUCCCCACAGUCGAAAAGGUCAAUAAGCCCAAGACGCUUAACGAAAAGCCCAUCUCUCUCGCCGCUAGCGGGAAAGCGAUACCCGCGGUACCCAAGCCAAGAGGCGGACACAGCUACAACCCGGCUUUCAACGACUAUCAAGACCAGCUAAUCCUAGAGAGUGAGAAGGCCGUAGAGGAGGAACGCAAGCGGCUCGAGGCCCUUGAGGCAGAGCGCAUCAAGAAAGAGGCGGCGGCUCGGUCGGCAGCGGAGGCAGAAGCGGCUGAGGCCCGGGCAGAUCUUUCAGAGUGGGAAGACGAUUCGGCGUGGGAAGGGUUCGAGAGUGCGGGCGAGGAGCUGAGCGUCAAGGCCAAGCGACCACGGCGCAAGACGCAAGCGGAGCGCAACAAGAUCAAACGACGCAAGGAGGAAGAACGUAAGGCCAAGCAUGAGGCGGCCAUGAAGCGCAAACGGGCACAGGAGGAGCAAAUCAAGCAGAUCGCGCUCGAGGUGGCAGAAAAGGAGCGGCAAAUGGCGCUGGAAAAGAUCGAGAUGAGCGAUGCGAGCGACGAUAAUGACGAUAACGAGGUUGAACUGCGGCGAAAGCAGUUGGGCAAGUUUAAGCUGCCCGAGAAGGAUCUGGAGCUGGUGUUGCCCGAUGAGCUACAGGAUUCCCUUCGGCUGCUCAAGCCCGAGGGCAAUUUACUCAAGGAUCGCUACCGCAGCAUGUUGGUUCGCGGGAAGAUGGAGAGUCGGAGGAAGAUUCCGUUCCGGAAACAGGCGAAGACCAAGGUUACGGAGAAGUGGACAUACAAGGAUUUCUCGUUGUAA